CUUUGCAUUCAGUCGGGAAUUUAAACUUAUUACGAACAGUGAUCGGCUUGUGGUCUUACAAAAUGCCUUACAGGCCAGCUAACUUCUAUGAUGCUGAUCUUAGGAUCUGGAGCGGUGGCAAAUUGGAAUACUACUUUGACCCACAUCUGUCUAUAGGAGAGAUUAUCUUCCAGGAAAUGCGAAGACAUCCACAACUGAUAGCUCAGAUUUCGGCAACGGAGAACACGAUACUAACCAGAGCAGACCUCCAUGCCAAUUCCAUGCACGUUGCCAGCUAUUUGCGAUCCUUGGAUCUUUUCCAGUCCGAUGUGGUGGGCAUUAUAGCCAGGAACACCACCCACAUCUCAGCUGUUGCCUACGCCUGUUUUUUCAAUGGAAUUGCCUUCCACUCGCUCAACUUUUUAUUUGAGCAGAGUACAAUAGAAAAGCUGUUCAACAUCACCAAGCCUCGGAUUAUAUUCUGCGAUGGUGAUGAGUUUGAUAAGGUUCGAGCUGCCACCGCUCAACUGGAUGUAAAGAUUGUCACCAUGCGUAAUCAUCCAUCGGAUUCCAUACGGAUCGAUGAAGUUCUGGCCACUCCCAUUGAGGAAAACUUCCAGCCAGCUCGUCUAGAACAGGGCAACGAUCAAACAUUGGCUAUUCUCUGCUCAUCAGGCACUACGGGAAUACCAAAGGCUGUAACAAUAACGAAUAGUCGACAGAUCCUUAAUACCAACUACGGCUUGAAAACCAACGAUGUUCAGUACUGUCAUAGCACUGUCGAUUGGAUUACUGGGCUUCUGACCACCAUCUUAUCCGGAGUAUUCAGUACCAAACGCAUCAUUGCGGACAAUGUUUUUGAGCCGGAAUUCUUUAUGCGACUCGUGGAGGAGCACCAGAUCACGUGGAUACUUCAGGCGCCAUCUCAUAUGGCCAUGAUGAUUAACUCCCCGGCGUUUAGCACAUCCGACUUGUCCAGUCUGCGAUACUAUCGCUUCGGAGGAUCCAAGGCUUCAGUGGAAAUCCAGCAUCUGAUCAGGAAACGAUUGAGCAGUGACUGCCUGCAGUUUGCAUACGGAUUUACAGAGCUAGGCAGCAUGGUCUCUGUAAACUUUCACUUCGAUGAGAAACCUAACUCGGUGGGACGAGUCGUCUCUGGACUCAAGCUGAAGGUAAUCUGUGAAAAGGGUAAGUCCCUGGGCCCAAACGAGGUAGGAGAGCUGUGCAUCUGCAAUGAUCAAUACUGGGCUGGCUAUUACGGCAAUCCGGAGGAAACUCACAAGAUUCGAGAUUCCCAGAUGUGGUUUCACACCGGUGAUCUCGGAUUCGUGGAUGAUGAUGGAUUCAUAUACCUUGUGGAGCGCAAAAAGGACAUGUUAAAGUACCAGAGCAUCAUGUACUAUCCCAAUGAAAUUGAAAGUGUCAUCUCCGAGAUGCCCGAAGUGGUUGAGGUCUGUGUUUUUGGAGUUUGGAGUAACAUCUACGGAGAUGAGGCUGCUGCAGCUGUGGUAAAGAAACUGGACAGUAACCUUACAGCCCAAGACGUUGUAGAUUACGUGGCAACACAUAUUGAUGCUAAGUAUAAGCAGUUAAAUGGAGGAGCCAUCAUCGUGGAGGAUCUGGUGCGGAGUCCUAAUGGUAAAACGAACCGCAUGGCCAACAAAGCGUUUUUCUUGGAGGCUAAGAAUUCAACCUAAAAUGGCAAUCCUCCGAAGAUUUCAGAUACGGAUGGCACAGCCUUAACCAAUGGCGAAGCCAUAACCUUUGCCAUCCGGAUUGCUCAGCA